CCCUGGCUCCAGAGCCCCGGCCACUUGGAUUCCCCGGGGCUGUCUCCUUUCGGCCUGCUUUCUCCCGCGGCUGGCCCCCAUUCUGCUUACUGCUGCUGCAGCUCUGUUUCCUGAGAAGGCGGGGCGGAGGCGCAGGGCACUCUUUUGAAAACUGCUCCCCUGCGCCCCACGUCUCCCCAGGGACCUGCGGCACCCAGAUCCAGCGUCCCCGAGAAGACUGAAAGCCUACUUAUUCACCCAGACGGUGCCAGUUGCAGGUUCGCAAGCUCAGUCCUGAGAGGAGAGACUUGGCCCAUGUUCCCUCUUUGUAACCAGAUGUCUUUAAAACCUCGAAGGGGAGGAUCCUGGCUUCCCCAGUCCCUGCUCUCUCCAGCCACACGGACACCAUGAACGUGGCUGAGCCCGGAAGCCCCACCGAAGAGGAGGAAGAGGAGGAAGAGGAGGAGGAGGAGGAAGAGGAGGAGCAGUCGGCUGAGCCUAGGCCCCGAACACGGUCCAAUCCCGAGGGGGCCGAGGACCGGGCGCUGGGGGCACAGGCCAGUGUGGGGAGCCGAAGUGAAGGGGAGGGGGAGGCGGCCAGUGUGGAUGAUGGGGCCCCCAACCCUCCAGGAGCUGUCCCCAAGCCCUGGCAGGUGCCACUGCCCCCUCUUGAGAUCCAGAUUCGAACACCGAGGGUCAACUGUCCUGAGAAGGUGAUCAUCUGCCUGGAUCUGUCUGAGGAGAUGUCACUGCCAAAGCUGGAGUCAUUUAAUGGCUCCAAAACCAACGCCCUCAAUGUCUCCCAGAAGAUGAUUGAGAUGUUUGUAAGGACAAAGCACAAGAUCGACAAGAGCCAUGAGUUUGCACUGGUGGUGGUGAAUGACGACACGGCAUGGCUAUCUGGCCUGACCUCCGACCCACGUGAGUUGUGCAGCUGCCUGUACGACCUGGAGACGGCCUCCUGCUCCACCUUCACCUUCUCCUUAGCGUCCCCCCCAGACCUUGAAGGACUCUUCAGCCUCAUCCAGCAGAAGACCGAGCUGCCUGUGACUGAGAGCCUGCAGACCAUCCCUCCACCCUACGUGGUGCGCACCAUUCUGGUGUACAGCCGCCCGCCGCGCCAGCCGCAGUUCACACUGACCGAGCCCAUGAAGAAGAUGUUCCAGUGCCCGUAUUUCUUCUUCGAUGUUGUUUAUAUCCACAAUGGCACCGAGGAGAAGGAGGAGCAGCUGAGCUGGCAGGAUAUGUUCGCCUUCAUGGGCAGCCUGGAUACCAAGGGUACCAGCUACAAGUACGAGGUGCCACUGGCCGGUCCGGCCCUAGAGUUGCAUAACUGCAUGGCGAAGCUGUUGGCACACCCACUGCAGCGGCCCUGCCAGAGCCACGCAUCCUACAGCCUGCUGGAGGGUGACGAUGAGGCUGCCGAGGUCGAGGCCACCGUGUGACACACGCGAGGGUGGCAGCCUCUGCAUGCUGUGGUACCCCACUGGUUCCCCGGCAGUGCCCAGGGCCCCUGCAGGCCCUUGCCCGAAUCCCUGGACUGGGGGCGCCCUGGAGUCCCAGUUGUGCACUCGACGUGUUCAUUGGCACAUGCCAUUUGUCACUUGUCAUUUUUGUUCCGUUGGUGAUUUUUGGCAUCAAAAUAAAAUCUGUGUGAUACUAA